AUGGCCACUUUGACAGCGUUGGCCUGCAAUAGUACUGUAGGCCUAGAGCAGAACGGCUCAAGCAGUUCUGUGCCCUCAGAUCGUCAUAUUUUAGAUGAUUUCUGGAGGCCGGGCUCUGAGUCAGAGUCGGCUGGCUGUUUGAACAGAACGGCGGCAGACAUCCCAGAAGUGGCUUCCUCACGGCCCAACUCUAGCCCAAUCCUGCGUCCUACAACGCCUUCUCGGCGGGGGCCUCUUGCCAGUAGUGGGUUUUGUAGUCCCUGGCAGAUAUCAAGUCCAGCCCCUGUGCGCUCUUGUAGAGCGCCGAAGUCGCCAAUCAGCCCCAUGGAAUUGCAGGCCUGGCAGCACCAGAUGAACGAUGUUGAAGAAGAUCGAGACCCCAACGACGGCGACCUAUGCCGGCCACGCGUCUGGUAUGCCAGCCGCAGUUACGAAGUGAACGACGAUGUCUCAGGCCGUGUCGGAGGGGGUUGUGGGGCCAAAAAACUUAUCGCUAGACUGUCCGCCUCCUCGACUGCAGCUGCAGUUGCCUCAGUCGCCGGCCGACAAGGAUCAGGUGAGAGAGCGAUUGCCAGUUGCUACAUCCAGCGACGUCUUUUCACUCCCAAUUCUGGAUCCAUCUACUCCGAUCUAGAGCUGGAUGAGGAGGACGAAGAAACGAGGUAUCGGCUACGAGCGCGGCCAUUAAGCCUUGUUGGAGAUGUGGACGAAGCUUCGGGCUCAUUGUGCUUAGUGCAGUUGUGUAAUCUGAUUACUGCCACCGUUUCUUUGGCCGGUGAUGGAGAGGAUGAGGAGGAUGAAGAGAAGGUCGAGCAAGAUGAAGGGAGACGACAAGAUCAAAGUAACGAGACUAAGGAGAGAUCAGGCUGUGUAUGUGGACUCACCUCUUUGCCUCAUCGAGACUCUCUUGCCAGCGGAAUUGUGUCGACAUCAAUUCCAACUUCAUCCUGCGCUUAA